AUGCAACGCGGCGGCCGCCAUCGCGGCGGAAGCAACAACUAUCGAGGUCGAGGUCGCGGCAGAGGCGCCGGCAGCAUCCAACCCCUCCGCGGGCUCUUCGCCUCCAAUAUCUGGCACUGCGACUGCAGCCCACGCCUGCCCGCCGAACACUUCAAAGUGAAAAAAGAAGGACGGAACCAAGGACGGUGGUUCUACACCUGUCAGAAUCGGAAUAAAGGGCCACCCGGUAGUGGGGAGAAGAACAAGGGGGGUUGUGAUUUUUUCUUGUGGGAUGAGGAUGCGCGGUUGAGGGAGGAGGGGAGUGUUAUUGGGAAUGGGAGGGAGAGGGAGAGGGAGGGGCAGGAGGGGUGGGAUGCGGGGAGGGGUGGUGGGAAGGGGUUGUUUUCUGAUGCUGCUUCUUCGGGGAAGAGUCGUGGUGGGCAGGUUGUUGUGAGGGAGGACUCUGAUACGGACGUUUCGCCUUCGCCGACGCCUACCCCUGUUGCGAAUGUGAGGAAGAAGCGGAAUGCACGGGAUGCGAGUUUGGAUAACGAUGACGAGGAGGAGGAUUUCGGGUUGCAGCCUGAUGAAGAGCAGGAAUUGGCGAAGUUGGAUACCUCGUCAUUUGAGACCCCGCAGAAAGUGCAGAAGACUGGCGUCUACGCCACGCCGGCGACGACUGUGCGCAAGACGAGUCGCAAGCUGCCCUGGGCCGAUGAGGUCGUCGAGCCUGUGAGUCCCCCGACGUCGACGAGAAAGACGGUUGUGGACUACUUCACCACUCCAUCGAAACCACCCGCGAAAGCAGUCACAUUCGAAGAACCCCCGACUUCCAGCAACGCAACAAUAACAACCAGCAGCAGCAUCAUCCAAACCCCCGCCGACUCCACCACCACCCCAGCCCACCCAUCCUCCCCCUCCCCCUCCUCCCGAUACAAAGACGCCCUCCUCGACCCGGCCGACUCCUCCAGCUCCCUAACAAGCGAAGUCCUCGCCGAGCUCUCCGCCCUCGUCCCCAACAUCCCCCGCGAGAAACUCUCCACCCUCCGCGGUAUCCUCUCGAAACACGACCUCAAGACGCAGGGCGUCACGAAGGGGAGGGAUAUCUCGCGGCUGGCGCUCAAGGCGAAAGGGGCGAAGAUUGCGGAGCUGGAGGCGAGGAUUGCGAGUUUGGAGGCGGAGAGGGAGGUGGAUCGGAGUUUGAUUGCGGGGUUGAGGUGGAGGAGGGGGGUUGGACGGGAUGAGGAGGAGGGGGAUGAGGAUGGGGAGAGUCAGCUUUGA